CACCCUAACCCUCGUCUGCUAGUUUUCAAUCAUAUGACGUUCAAAACAGCUUUUUAAAAAUUUCUGGAGCAAAACAAAAAUUAAAGCUUUUUAUCUAUACUUUUUAGCUCAAAGAUUUCAGUGAUCAUAAUUAUUAUUAAUGGAGGGACAAGAUUUUCUGACAGAAUAUAGAAAUAUCUCAAAUAAACUAAAGAAAAGGUUUCUACGAAGACCAAAUGUUGCAGAAGCAAGUGAUCAUUUUAGACAAUUGGCCAAGAAGCUUGAAGAUAAUGAUGAUCCACAGUUUGCUGGGUUUUGUUAUUUGGCUACAGGGCGAUGCGAGCAAACUGUUGGCAACUCAUCGGCCGAGGUAGAAGCCAUAACCCUGGCUGCUCGCUGCUUCCUACGUUGUGAGUUGGAGCAGCAAAAUCUAAAGAAUCCGAGCUACGAGGAGCAUCUUAAUGCAGCUAUAGCAGGGUUUAAGGAAGCAGGAAAGCUUGAAGAGGAAGCAGGAAGGGGAAGUGCUGCUGCAGCUUUAUAUAUAGAACUAGGAGAUACGCUUGUUUCCCUGCAACGUUCUGCUGAAGCCCUUUUUCAUUAUGAUAAAGCACUGGAGCUCGAAACCAGCAGUAUCAUUGACACACUUGCAAUCAAAACAAAGAUCUCUAACUGCUAUAUAUCACUUGGGGAUCACCAUAAUGCCCUGAAAACCUUAACAGAGCUUGCAAAUUUUUGCGCAGCCAACGAUCCUUGCCAUCUGUAUCAAUCCCAGCUUGCAAAUAUAGAAGUAUUAAGGGUGCUACUGCUGUUGAUAAUCCAACCUUCACACCACAACACAGCCCCUCAUCUACUCCAGGUUCUGGAUAAGUACAAGUGGGAUGGAAUGGAAGGUGAGGAGGAGGUUGAGCUAUGUCCCUACCUAGACACUGAUAUCUCAAUCCUACUCCAGUCUAUAGUUAUGGUUGUUCAAGUGAGGGAUAGUGAAGCACUUCUCUACCUGGAAGAUGAAAUAGCUGAAUACUUAAACCCUCAGCAGAAGGCGCUUCUCAGGAAAAUAGUGAGCCGAGAAGUAAAACGAAAAUAAGAAAACAGGAGAGUUUCAAAUAUUCAUUUUAUGGUGAAAAGUGAAAUUAGCGCAGCUGUGAUAUUUUAUACGAAUCCAAUUAGUUAUUGUGAUUUAUUUUUCAACUUUUAUAAGAAUCCAAUGGGAUAUUUGGAAAAAAAUCAAUUUAUUUAUCUGUUCAAUUGAUCGCGAUUCAAUUAAUUUUCAAGUACUAUCUGUCACUUGAGUAGUUUUUGAAUCGAUGUACAUAAUCAUAUUCAUUGAUUUCAAUGAUUGAUGAACCGGUUGAUCGAUUUAUUGAUUUAUAGGGUUGAUGGAUUGAUUAGUUGAUAUAUGUGAUUGACUGAUCAAUUGAUUUAUAAAUUGAUGUAUGAUUGACUGAUCAAUUUAUCGAUUAAUUAAUGUAUAUGAUCGAUUGAUCUUGAUUGAUAUAAUGAUUGAAUUUUUAGUAGAUUAAUUGACGUCUUUGAUUAAUUGAUUAAUUUAUGUUUAUGAUAAUUUCAUUAAUAGAUUGAUCGAUUUAUUGAUGUUAAUUUGUGAUCAAUCAAUUUCAUGAAUUGCAGAA